UUCGAACAUAAGCAUUAUUUUGCUUUCAUUUGCUCUAUGUAUUGGCAACGCUUCUUCCCCCUGUAAAACUGAUUUGCGUGGAAACGUGGUAACGCAAAGGGUUUCAAUGGCUGUCAUUGCUAAAAAGAAGACUCCUAAACCCGCCCUUAAGGGCAAGGGUAAAAAAAAGAAGAUGCAACCCAAGAAAUUUUGCAUUGACACCAGUCAUCCAGUAGAAGAUGGCAUUAUGAAUGCUGCAGAUUUUGAAAAGUUUUUGCAUGAACGUAUCAAAGUGAAUGGUAAAACAGGAAAUUUGGGAAAUACCGUAACAAUUGAAAGGAGCAAGACCAAAAUUUCAGUGACAGCCGAUUGUCGGUUUUCCAAAAGGUAUUUGAAAUAUCUGACGAAAAAGUACCUAAAAAAGCACAAUUUGAGAGAUUGGUUGAGAGUUGUUGCAAAUGGAAAAGACUCUUAUGAGUUGAGAUAUUUCCAGAUCAACAAUGAAGAAGACGAAGAUGAAGAAGAAAAUGAAUAAAUGUGUGAAUAUUAAAUAAAUUUGUUUAUAUCAACA